AAGAAAAAAAAUUAAAACUUUAAAUUUCGAGUUUGCUGGUGGGAUUCUUUUCACCCAUUCCUUUAGUAAAAACGGAAAACCGCUUCUCAUGAACCAGAGCUUUAAUGCCGGUCUUUUUGCUUUGAAAUAGAAAAGGAAACCAAACCAGGUUUCAUUUUCUCUCUAAUUGCAAUUUUCAAUUCCUCCAUUAUUGAGUUAAAGCUCUGAGACCUGAGAGUGAGGUGGUUAAUGGCGUUUUCUCUCAAAAUGGAGUGCUUCUCUUUGCUGAGGCACGGCGAAUGAGAGAUUAGGUCACUUUAAUGGCUAAUUUCAGGUUUGCAGCUGUAGCUCCAAUGGAAUCAAGCUUUUCGUUUUUCAGUGGAGUGGUAUGGUUGUGUGCAAACCUUUGUGUGAACAAACCUUCUUUAAAUUUUGAGCCAUUCCUUCUCUAUGUGUGUCUUCCAUCUUAAUUUUUUAUCUGAUCUUUUGAAGACCCAUUUCCUUCACCCUUUAAAGGAUGAUGAACUCAUCAUCAUCUUGUGGUUUCCAUCCAGCGAAUGUCUUAGAAGGAAUCAAUGACUCUAAUUUUGAUUUCAAGUUUUUUCUCAUCGAUCCAUUUAUUUAGCAGUAGUUUUUGUGGUGGGCACCACUCCGUCUUCAUACACCAAUUUGAAGCGAUUCGUUAACUCCAAAGGGUCGGUGUAUGUACAUAUUAGUCAGGGGGAGAUACCAUACCGUUUUGCCUCUAUCCUUUGAAGACUGACCACUUCAAGAGCAUUUCUUUCGGCCAGGGUUGAAAGUCCUACUUCUUCAAUCCUCUCUAUCAGGUAUCUUUUCCUGAUGGCUUAGUGUAAGUGAUCAACCAUUUGGAAACAGAGGAUUUCUCAUUCACUGCCUUUCUGUAUAAAUGUAACGGAAAUCACAAUAUCAUCCAUUUUUCCUGCUUUCUUUGAAUGGCAGGAAUCUCUUUUGCAUGGCUAAGCAAUAAAAGCCAUUUAUUUCUAAACACAACCUUCCUCUUCCUCCUCUGUUUCUACUUAACCACUCUUUUCCAGUCACCCACUACACAGCUUCAAUUUCAAUCCACAAGUCCCACCUCAACAACCACUUCUAUCCAGCAUAAUAUCGCUCAAGAAAGCUGUCAAGUCUUACAGAUAUACAAGAGCUCUCAAGCCAAGUGUGAAUACUUAAAAAGCACUACACUUUGUGAAUCUGAAGGAUACAUAGACUAUCUCUGGCUUUUCUACUGUGUCUGUGGAGGAUAUCCUGCUCUUGGAUAUACCCUUCUCAUCUUUUGGCUUAUUGUUCUGUUUUAUCUAUUGGGAAACACAGCUGCCGAUUACUUUUGCUAUUCUCUCGAAAGCCUCUCCUGCCAUUUAAAACUUUCCCCUGCGUUAGCUGGAGUGACCCUUCUUUCUCUUGGCAAUGGAGCUCCCGAUGUUUUUGCAGGCAUCGUUUCCUUUAUAGGAGCUGGCAAAGCAGAAUUGGGCAUUAACAGCAUCCUUGGUGGGGCUUUCUUUGUUUCAUGCUUUGUUUCUGGAUUAAUUAGCAUGUUUGUGGCCCCCCAAGAAGUACUCAUUCACAAGAAGAGCUUUAUUAGAGAUGUGUGCUUUCUCCUGUUCUCUCUGGUUUCUCUCUUGGUGAUACUCAUUAUUGGAAAGAUCAACAUCUGGGGGGCAAUAAGUUUUACUCUUUUAUAUGUCGUUUAUGUUUUAGUUGUAUGGGCUUGCCAUUUCAUGAGUGAAAAGAACAAAGAAGAGAGCUUAUUCACAAACGACCCCAUUCUACCCACUUCUAGGACCCUUGUGUCAAAUGGGUGCGAAGAAAACCCACAAUUGAGUGAACCUCUCUUGAGUGACAACGAAAAUGAACCCGACCCAAUAGAAGAGAAAAAAAGGUUCGGUUGGGUAUGUAGCCUGAAAACUCUAGUUUGGGUGUUCGAAUUGCCUUUAUCUUUGCCAAGGAGGCUCACUAUCCCUUUGGUAUCAAAUGAGCGUUGGUCCAAGCCUUUUGCCAUCGCUUCUGUUACAUUAGCACCAAUCUUUUUAUCAGCUCUAUGGAGCUCACAAGAAAGCCAGAUGGGGCGCAAAAUGCUCAUUGCUAUAUACAUUGCAGGCGCUUCAUUAGGGAUUGUAUUGGGGAUUCUUGUUUAUUUGACAACUCAUAGGAGACACCCACCUAGAAAAUUCCUCUUUCCAUGGCUUGCAGGGGGUUUCUUAAUGAGCGUUGUAUGGUCUUAUAUAAUAGCAGAGGAAUUGGUUGCACUAUUGGUAUCACUGGGGAACAUUGCGGGUGUGAACACUUCAAUACUGGGCUUAACAGUAUUGGCUUGGGGUAAUUCCAUUGGAGAUUUGAUUGCCAAUUUUACCCUCGCCAUGAAGGCUGGGCCUGAUGGGACCCAGUUUGCCAUAUCGGGGUGCUAUGCAGGGCCCGUGUUCAACACACUUGUGGGAUUGGGCUCUUCUCUGGUUUUCUCUUCCUGGAAAGAGUACCCCUCUUCUUAUUCGAUCCCAAAGGAUUCGACUCUAUAUCAGACCGUGGGUUUCUUAGUGGGUGGUCUAUUAUGGGCCCUUCUCAUUUUGCCACGAAAAGGAAUGCGGCUCAAUAGGACCUUUGGUGUUGGACUUUUGUCUAUAUACCUCUGUUUUCUGUGUCUCAGGCUCACAGAAGCCAUUUGGUCGCUGAAAUGAGGGCUUAAAAGAAACACGCACGACUUUCUUUCUAUCACUAGUGUACAUAAAGCUUCUUUGAAUGUGCAAGUGGAAGGGGCUAAUUUGAAGAAGGUUCAAUUGCUGACUGAUUAGAACUUUAAGAAAAGGUCAGUCCUCUGAACAUGAUUCUGUAGUUUUAGCCUCUACCAUAAAGAAGUUUUUACAUGUAUAUGUUUAAUUUAUUAGACCCUGAUUUCAUGUUAAUUUUGGUUAGUAAUUGUAACAAGAAAAGGAUAAGAAUUAUCCAGAUUUAUGAAAGUGUAGAUGACUUUUUAAUGCAAUGCAUUUGUAGGUUCCGAUCUGGCAAAGCAAGCUUUGGAUAAUUCUUAAUUAUUGUGAUAAUGUAAUUUGAUUGAUAACUUCUUUAGGUAGAGAUAUCGUGCACAAUCAAAGGAAAGAGACCUUGAAAAGCCACUAGAAUUGCAUAGUUAGACCUCGAAUUGGAACCAUGUUUUGUUGUUUCUGACGAUUUGGAUGGUGGAGUUUGGUGAUUACAAGUAGCUGUGAUGUUUAGGGUUUGUUUGUCAGCUUCUCCCGCCAUGAUUGUGAGGGGGUAGUCCCACCUAUUAAGCGUGUCAUGGGCUUGAUCUUGCCGGUGGUUGUCGUACUUGGCCGCCUUAUGUGGGGAAAGGGUCCACCUUAUGAGCAUGUGACUGGUUGUUCCCCUCUUUCUCUCUCACUUGUCUGUCUCAUUCUCAGCCCUUUUGCUAGGGUUGCAUCUCUAUAUAUAUAUCUUUUUAUUUUAUUUGAUGCCAAUAGAUAGUCCACUCCCCGGAUAAAACUCCAUCUAUUAUCAAUUUUAGGACUCCGAAUUUGUGGGAUAUAGCUUCUUUAACACAUGAAUUAACUUCAAAAAAAAAAAAUCUCAAGAUUGAAUAGAGACCGUCCUAUUUUAGAGUGUAAGAUCUAAAUCUCUUAUUCUCUCUGGGGAAAUCCUUUCAAUGAAUAUUAAAUAUGGCCAGCCGGUCAAUCUC